CUCCAGGCUGCAGCCAUACGGAGUCGGGAAGUCGAUGUCGUGUGGAGUACAGUCCCCGGAGCAGCGUCUUCCCCAAUGUUGGUACGGUGGUUCCUGCUUCUGCUCGGGACUCUGUCCACACAGGCCGACUUGUUCCAGUUCGACAGCAUCACCAACGUCUCCUCUUACUAUUUUAAUUACAUUUAUUGCAACAUAUGGGAGGGGGAGUGUCAGCCCAGCCAAGACGAUGCUUCACAGCAAGUUCCCAGCAGAGAACUGUGGGCAGGUUUUCCUCAGGACUACAUCAGUGUGCUGCAUCAGUGGUACUGUAGCCUGGGCCAGUGCUGUGAGUCUGGAGACUGUAGGAUAACCAACAACAUCACAGGUCUGGCACGGGACCUUCAAACAAAGCUCCAUGGGCAGCACCUUGCUCAGUCUGUGGUCCUGAAAGCCAUCCAGGGUUUUAUCAUCGACCCAGAGUCCAACAAGCCACUCACCCUCUCCUUCCAUGGCUGGUCUGGCACUGGCAAGAACUUUGUGGCCCGGAUCAUCGCUGAUAACCUGUAUCGUGACGGGGUCAAGAGUGAGUGCGUGCGCUUGUUCAUUGCUCCGUUCCACUUCCCACACGCCAGGCUAGGGGACACAUACAAGGGCCAGCUGCGGGAAGCCAUACGGGACAUGGUGUUGCGUUGUCCUCAGACUCUGUUCAUCUUUGACGAGGCUGAGAAGCUUCACCCGGGCCUCAUCGAUGCCAUCAAGCCUUACAUGGAUCACUAUGACAAUGUUGAUGGGGUUAGCUACCGGAGAGCCAUCUUCCUCUUCCUCAGUAAUAUUGGUGGUGCAACAAUCAAUGAUGUAGCACUGGAUUUUUGGCACUCUGGUCAAAACCGAGAGGACAUCGGUAUGGAAGACCUGGAGCAUCGACUUCGAACUGAAACUAUGGAAUCUCAAGGUGGGUUUGCGCAGAGUGAGUUGAUGUCUGGUCACCUGAUCGACUUCUAUGUGCCCUUCUUGCCUCUGGAAUAUCGCCAUGUGAAGCUUUGUGCACGAGAUGCCUACAUAGCCCGAGGUCUGGAGACAGAUGAAGCUACGCUGGAUGAGGUGGCUAAGGCGAUGCUGUAUGUCCCUAAAGAGGAGAGACUUUUCUCAGCCCAGGGAUGCAAGUCUGUACCCCAGAGGAUCAACUUCUUUCUGCCCUAGAGAGAGAGAGAUGGAGGAUAAGGGAGAUUACUUUACCUGCCUCUGCACACAGAGCCACAGCGGAGAUGUGCAUUGUUUGCUCUGCUCUAUGUACUCCCUUCACUCACACAUACACAAUGCAUAGACACAGAUACAACCCGUGUCUGUCCAUGUCCCUCAGAAAAGACUUAGGUCCAGCAUUAAGACAGGAAGGCCGUGUGAGGGUUAACCUUGCCGUAAUCGUAGGAAACGUUCACGUCAGGCCGUGAAGCUCCAGCUGCCGGGUUUGAAACCUCACAGUGUGGAAAUGAAGAAAUUAAGUUGUGCAGUGGAUGUCAUAGUGGAAUACACACAUUAUUUAUUUCUGGGCCUUGGUAUCACUUUAAAUUUCCUGAAUGAAUUUAAUUCCGACAAGAUAUUGAUAUUGAAUUUUCAAUUCAAUAUCAAUUUAUUUUGAGAUAUUUCAGUUUCCAUUCCAAUCUUGUUUGAUUACGAAAGAUUUCCACAGAUGUAAUGCUGCAAACUGUAUAUAAUGUGGAUCUCUCUAACCUAGUGCGUCAUUAUGAAUAUUAUUGUUUACUUAAAAAAAUUUACUUUUUUUAUUUAUUAUAACCACAACGUGCAACUCCUCAGUACAGUUGUAGGUGCAGUCACGACACCAGAGCUUCUGAAAAAUGGCAUGUAGAAGUAUUUUUAAUUCUACACUAUCGAUGGCAAAGUAACGAACUAACCUGCACUUGGAUGUUAGCUUCUCACAGUCACGCGAGACUAUCGAGGUCAAGUUUCAUGCCAUUUCAACAGUCAGUCACCAGAAAGAAGGGGGUUGUCUGUCUAUGUAUCUGAAAAUCUAUUUUGUUUUUAAAUCCAGUGUUAUUUAUUUCUGUUAUCUUAGACUGAGGAGGUCUGAGUUGUCUCUCUUACAUUUAGAUCAGGUUAUAUGUCACACGUUAGUACGUAUUGUCAGACAUGUUUGACAUCAUUUGUGCCAUAUUUGAACAUGUUACUUUAGCUGAUUAUUUGGGUGGAAUUGUUUAAAUGCUGUCUGGAUGCUUCUGUAAGUCAUUAACAUGACUUGUAAAGAACAUUGAAUGACAUUGUGGUGUGAAGAGUGUGUGACAGAUGACAACAGUGAUGUUACUUGAAAUAGUUGUGGUAUUUAACCAGACCAUUUGAGAAUUUAUUAUUGUGUUUUUGAUAUUAGUUACCUGAUGAAAGUGUUGUUAUUGUCACCAUUAUUGCUUCAUUUAAAGAAUUUGUACUUUGUUACUCUGUGGCACAGUUUAUUCUUCGACUUGGUUUCCGCCUCUGCUUUACAGAUUUUGCUGUUUAAAUCUCUAGGGUCACAUCACAAGAACAAUGUGAAAAGAAAUCAUCACAAAAUAAAUAAAAACUCUUAACAAAA